AUGUUUUUCUUCCAGAACAGCAUCGACUCCCUCUUCGAGGAGAAUGUACCCUCUCCUCUCUACCUCCUCCCAGCGGAAAUACGCAACAUGAUCUGCCACGAGGUCAUCUUCGAUGGCACCAAGACCCUCACCAUCUCGCUCAGCGAGACCGGCAAAAUCAUCUUGCCUCCGCUCAUGGCCGUCUCCAAGCAAAUCCACAGCGAAACAUACGGCUACAUUGUGGCAGCCCUCCGAGAUCCUGCCACAAUUUUCGAAGCCAAAGUGCGCAACUACGACGCCAAACCCCUCCUCGCUACCAUCAAGCGCAUCUCUCAACAAACGGGGAUUGCGCAGAGCGAGUUAGUGGCACGCACACAAGUCGGCUUCGUUGGGACCGUCGAUAUGGGUAACCUACUGGUGUGGAUCCAGGGUACCAUUGCCAACGCCACCGCCCAUCCCAUCUUUCCCUUCGAGAAGAUGGACCUCCCGUCCUUCUCCGGCGAAUCCGUCUUCGAGGGCAGGCUCUCUCUGAAGUCCCACCUCAUCUCCUACAAGGAGUUUGAGCAGCGCAGAGAGCUCUGCGCGUGGACUGCUUCGGCCCGCGAAUUCCUCACGACCCUCGAAGAAGCAAAUCUAGGUGUCCUAGGCAGGCCGAAAGGCGAGGACUGGCGGAUUGAGAGCAACGCCGCGAUCCAAGCGGCUGUCUUCAAUACUUUCGCUGAGUGGCACGACAUCUUCCUUCAGAAGAAGACGAUCCAGGCGAGAGUUCUUGGUCAAAGAGAGAGGAAGCGUGUCGAAGACGAACACGUCUAUGUGGCUUCGGCGAUGUGGCAGUUUGGUGAAAGUCUGCGGACGGUGGCACAGCGCUGGACGCAAUGA